AUAUCACAAGUAUUCUACGUAAGUAUGUAAUUUUGGACUCUGAUUAAAGAGUCAUAAUAUUUUUUUUAAUUUAAUACGUCGUUUUGUGAAAAAACCUUUUCAUGUAAUUUUUUUGUUGUAAUUUAAAACUCACGUAAGUGUGGUCUAAUAUCACAAGUAUUCUACGUAAUUAUGUAAUUUUGGACUCUGAUUAAAGAGUCAUAAUUUUUUAUGUGUGUAAUUUAUUUAUUGUAUGAGGAGUGGUUUGAAGUGUGACUUUUGAAUAAAAACUGUAAAUGUUAUUACUUGUUAGAUUAUUUGAAUACUAGCCUGUUCUGGGGUGACUUCCGUCUGGGGUGAGAUCCGUCUGGAUGGAGGGGUGGUUAGUUGUAAAAAAAUAACCAGACGCAACGCGCUGCGGCGUGAGCGCUCCCAGAGUAAAAAAAAAAAAAAAUACGAUGGCAGCCAUUUUGAAACAUUCGUGUGAUAUAUAAAUGGCACAGACUGUGAGGGAACACAGUCUCUGAUCAGUCGCCGCACUGCUGCUGCCUCACUGCUACCUCGACGAGCAGAGCUGCACCUCCAGUUUUUUCCAGCAAAGGUAAGAUAGACAGAUACAAUUUACUGUAAAUUUAUUUACUAAGCUGUUUGUAAUGUUAGGAUGAUAUUAUUAUCAUUUUGAAUGGAAAUAUUCUUUUUUUCAUUUAACAUGAAAAUAAUAUUAAACUUAAACUUUCUUCACCUUUUACUACCACACACUGUUUUCGCAUUAACAUCUAUAAUUUAUUAUCGUUUCCUAUUCAGUAAUACGUAAAUGUUUUUAGAAAAUUUUUCCAUCUAGGGAUAUUCUCUAAAAAAAAUUUUUUUUUUCAUAUCUUGCAAACGGAUGGGAGAUUUCGUGUACAAUCUAACAUAGUUUUUUGAAAAAAAAAAAUAAUUUUAAAAUAUGUCAAACCCAUACUCCAUAAAUACGUCUACUAAAUUUUAUUCUUUUUGUUUUAGCUUUGUGCUCACUGUUGAUCAUAAUUUCCCUCUCUCUCUUUCUUUAUUUUCUCUCUCUUCUCUCUUACUAUGUCUUCCCGUUCUUCUUCCCCCGAGGCAAAGCGACUCCGUCUUAUUGAAGCUGAGCCUUCUAUCUCUGACUCUCGCAAUGGUGGGCGGGAGUCAGGGGUGGAGUUGGCGCAGGGGCCCGACGUCUUGCCUCGCCUGGAGGGUGUUACCUUGAACACUGCAUUUGCUAACAAGAUAGUGGACUUGCGAAUUGGAAAUGAUAUUGAAAAUGUCGAUCCGGACUUGGACCGGUUUCUACAGAGAUGUAGGGUUCCAUUUCUGGACUUAACAAACAAAUUAAUUCGCCCCUUUAAAGUUUACGUUUCACUCUCGGCUUCAUUUGUUAAGGAAUCUGCGGAGGGAAACGAGAGUGAAACUUUUAAUUUCACAACUCAACCGCGAUACUGCACUCUGAUGAGGUAGGGGGAAUCUAUGAUUCAACAUUCAUUCCGGAAAUCAAUAAACACGUUAGUGAUUUCUUGCGCGUGGCAGUGGCUGGGCUCUAAAAAGAUUGAUUAACAUGGAUGUACAUGUUUCAAGCUAUAGAGUUUUCACGGUUAGCGCAGCGCACACGAAAUUGCUGGCGUUUUUGUCCAAAAGGAGAGCUUGUGUUAACAUUGAGUGUCCCGAGCAGCACUGUUUCCUGUAUGCCGUCAUGGCAGGUGUGUCGACGGUGCAAGGCAAAGUUACUGGAGCCACUUCGUAUCCAAAUCCACUCGUGUAUUUUAAUAUGAAUGGCUUGACGUUUCCCUCCACUCUGCAUCAGAUUAAAACAUUUGAGAGGAACAAUGUUAUUUCCAUUAAUGUUUACGCUUGCGUAGAUUCUAAGGGGAAUAUCGUUGACGAAUGUUUUAGUGGCAAAUCUGAAUCCUCGAUCCAGCCUCUUCGCGUAUCCUCUGAGCGAAGAGAGAGACAUGUAAAUAUCUUGGCGAUUCGUUCGAGUGGCACGACAGAGCACCUACAUUUUGUUUACAUAAAAUCAAUGUCCAGAUUAUUGCAUUCACAAUUGUCCAAGACACAACAUAAGAAAUGGAUUUGCGAGCGCUGUCUUCAGUAUUUUAGAAGCGAAGACAGAUUAAAUUCACACAAUGCUCUCUGCAGCCAGCAUCAAGCAGUGUGGACCUGUUUCCCUACAAAAGAGAACAAGUAUUUGCAAUUUACAAACUUUGCAAAACAGGACCACCUAGGCUUUAUUGCGUACUGUGACACUGAGUGUUACCUUAAGCCUUUCUCCACCUGUUUGCCCGGUGACGAGUCUUCUAGCACUACGUGGGUAAACGAACACGUGCCUUAUGCAUGUAGCAUUUUGUUAGUAUGUGGGUACGAUAGCUCUUUGACCAAGUAUGUGCAAUUCGAGGGUGAUAAUUGUAUUGCUGAAAUGAUCGCUGAAUUAGUUUCAAUGACAAAGUGGGUUUGCAAUAUUUAUUCAAAGAUCAUUACUAUCAAGACACCGACCCCGGCCGUCUCUGCAAGGCUUGAGAGUCAAACACAUUGCCAUAUAUGUCAGAAGGUAUUGGCUGGGCAGACGGUGCUCGAUCACUGCCAUUUGACUGGUGAAAUACGUGGUUAUGCUCAUUCUAAAUGCAACCUGGCUUUCAGGUUGCAAAAGAAUCAACUCGUCGUGGUUUUUCAUAAUUUGCAAAAUUAUGAUGCCCACUUUUUAAUGCAACAUUUAGUUUCGCGGCGGAUUGCACAAUCGGACGGCUCCUUCGUUGUGGAGAACCCUGGCAGGGUCAAAGUUCUUGGAGUUACAAUGGAGAGCUACAAGUGUAUUACAAAAUACAUACCCAUUUCAGAUAAUGCGCAAGGAGGCAUGCGUACUGUGCAUCUUAGAUUCAUAGAUUCACUUAACUUUUUAAAUUCAUCUCUGGAAACUCUCGCUGGCAAUCUCACGCCAGAUAAAUUGAAAGUCACCCGUUCAAUGUUUCCAGAUGACGCACAGUUUCAGUUAGCUACUUGUAAAGGUGUGUUUCCCUAUGAUUUUGUUAAAUCUAGUAAACAAUUGCAGACUGCCUCGCUACCCCCUAAGGAAGCGUUCCAUAACGUAAUGAGUAGCACGGACGCGAGUGAUCUGGACUAUACUCACGCUCAAAAUGCUUGGGACAUCUUCCAUUGUGCCACAUUGAAAGAGUACGCACUUAGUUAUCUUAAGGUGGAUACUUGUUUGCUGGCCGACAUAUUCGAGUCGUUUCGUUUGCUUACAAUAUUAUUCAUUAGAUCCUGCCCAUUACAUUACCGCUCCCUCGCUCACAUGGGAUGCACUUUUAUUUAAAACCGGUGCGCGUCUUGAGCUGAUAACCGACCCGGAUAUAUACCUCUUCCUAGAGUCAGCCGUUCGUGGAGGUAUAACAAACGUAAGUCGACGUCACGCGAAUGCCAAUAAUGUUCACAUGUCCACUCACGACCCGAGCCUUCCGUCUUCGUACAUCUGCUAUUUCGAUGUAAACGCUUUGUAUGCUCACACAAUAUUAGAUAAACUUCCUGUGGGCAAAUUUGAGUGGGUUCCCAGGGAUGAGUAUGCGAGUUGGGAUUUCAACACCAUUGACAUAGAUGGCGAUACGUCAUAUUUCGUAGAAGUGGAUUUGACCUUUCCCGAUGAUUGUCACGACCGCCUAUCAGAUCUGCCUCUGGCCCCUGUGAAUGGUGUACCGCCAAACAGGCGAAUGAGUAAAUUAUUGUUAACUCUCGCGCCGCAUAAUAAUUAUGUUGUCCAUGCUAAAACACUGCGGCACUACGUUCGGUAUGGGGCGGUCAUCGGCCAGGUUCACCGCGUGCUGCGGUUUGAACAGGCGGCCUGGAUGAAAGAAUACAUAACCUUUAAUGCUGAGCGUCGUGCCCAGGCUGCGAAUCCCUUCGAAAAAUCGUUUUUUAAGUUACUUUCGAACGCAGUGUACGGUAAAAGUUUAGAGGAUUCUAGAAAACAGAGACAUUUUCAUCGCUUCGUGUUACGAAACUAUUUAUGGGGCAGCCGAGCUGAUUGGUCGUCCGAUAUUCAAGGCUCGGAAAAUCGUAGUUGAAAAUCUAGUUCUCAUAGAGUUGCAGAAAGGUUCGAUAACCUUCGAUAAACCUUUGUACACGGGUGUCGCCAUUUUAGAUUUGUCAAAAUUGAUUUUAUACGACUUUCAUUAUAAUUACAUGCAAAAAAAAUUCCUUCCCCAGUCUCUGCAUCUCUUGUACUUGGACACUAAUUCGUUGAUUUACCACGUUCAGUGUGAUAACAUUUAUGAUUCCAUUCGACCCGACUUAGCUUCACGUUUCGACACAUCAAAUUAUGCGCCAGGUAAUGAUCAACGCUUCCCCUUAGUCAACAAGGGUGUAACAGGGGUGAUGAAAGAUGAGGCCGCUGGCAAGAUCAUUACGGAAUACGUGGGUCUUCGCCCGAAACUCUACGCAUACAAGCUGGAGGAUGGUUCUUGUAUGCGUAAAGCGAAAGGAGUUAAGGCCAACGUAAUCCAAUCACUUCUGUUCCCUCAAUACCUGGAUUGCUUGCUUAAAAAUUCCCGGAUUCUAGGCAGUCAAUACCAUUUCCGUUCGUGAGGCCACGCCGUGUUUACGGAGCGAGUGAACAAGGUAGCACUGUCUUCAGGAGACAAUAAGCAUUGGCUUUCUGAAGACGGUGUCAGCACAUUACCUUGGGGGCAUAAAGAUCUGUGUCCUUCUAAAACUCGUGCCUCGCCCGAUCCCUCCUAAUAAUUGUACAUAUUUCCAUUUUCCCCCCCUCUGAUUACGUUCACCAGUGAGACGAACACUGCUGACGUAACCUCCGAGCAGUGGUUGCAGGAACACAACAGCGCUCACCACUCCUCCCCUGCUCGGAGGGAGCUUCAAGUGUAUAUAUAUGUGUGUGUGUGGGGGUUGAAGGCACACAACAGCGCUUCUUCCGCCUCCCCCCACACACAAAAGAAAAAAAAUUAUCCUGAGAGGGGUGUGUUCACCUCCCCCCACCGCGCCACGCCAUGUCAUGACAACUGAUCCUUUCCAUUAUGCAUGUGGAGAGAAAAACUGUCGAUCUCCCCAACCCAGAAAAUGGAACAGAUCCCAUCAGCGUUGGCGGGCUCUUUCUUCGAGGAAGAGGUGGAGGAGGGGACGAGUAUUCCAGCCGACAUUGCGGCGGCCUUCUUCGCAGAAGACCUGCUGGAAGGGCCGUCAUCUCCCCCUCCUCCUCCUCCAACACCGCCGGCCAAGACUUCGCCGCUGCUGUUGGUGGCGGGCCCCUCUGGGACAUGUCCCUGGGGUUGGCCGCUAACAGCCGACGAAAAAAGAGGGUUCCGGCUACCUGCUACACACCAGCAGGUGCCCUCUUUGCCUAGCGGCAAAGUCGUGGCCAAGUUGAUGGCUAUGGACGCCCAGCGGGGUAGGGGGGAUAAUAAAUAAUUUUUUUUUUAACUAAGUAAUAUCGAUGUGUUGACUACAUUAUUUCAAUAUCCAUUAUUUGUUACUUGUGGCUGGUAACCGGAAACAUUACGUAAACGAGACUAUCGCAAAAGAUUAUUAUUACAAGUUACUUUUACCUGGUAUUAAUCAAAUGGCAGGUACAGGUAUCUAACACACCAGGUAGACGUAAUAUUUUUUUUUAAGUGUUGGGGAAAUAUAUAUUUUAACUUUGGAAGAAAUUACAUUUGUAUACAGUUCUCUGCGGCUGCAGCCCCCACCCCUCUGCGAGCGGCUUCCCUAUGCGGGCGCCAGUGUCUGGGUUAUUACUUAAAAAAUAACAAGAGGGAGGAAGGAAGGGGUUGGAGCCGCAGACACGUCUGCGACGGCGCGUAAUAUCUCACGACUAUAGCCCUUGGGAAAAUUUUUUUAAAAUAUAU